AUGAGCUACUACAGCAGCUACUACGGAGGCCUGGGCUACGGCUGUGGCUGUGGCAGCUUCCGCAGACUGGGCUAUGGCUGUGGCUAUGGAGGCUACGGAUAUGGCUCUGGCUUUGGAGGUUAUGGAUGUAGCUCUGGAUUUGGAGGCUAUGGAUAUGGCUCUGGCUAUGGAGGCUAUGGAUAUGGAUGCUACCGCCCAUCAUGCUGUGGAGGAUACGGAAUCUCUGGAUUCUACUAA